UCUGCCUUGGUCAUCCUCUGGAGCCAGCAGCUGCCACUGACAGGUCUUGCCUUCUCUUUCCUUUCUUAGGGUUGUAAGGGAACUGGCGGGCAUAGAAAAUUAGUUUUUAUUUGGCUAAAGAUUAUCCUGCUAUCCAGUUCUUCCCUCUAAGUGAGGUGUAGCCUAGUCACUGGCUUUUGAUUCUUCUGAGAGUUACAGCAUUUAUUUAAUCUUUUUGACUUCCUCCUUAAGGAUUUUUUCAGACUGUCCCUUUUUAUCUCUUUUCCUAGUAUAGAGAGGGAGUGUAUUUGAAUUCUUAGAUUUUUUUUCACAUAGAGAAAAUACAGUUUCCUGUCCAGGUUUUCCUGUAACGUUUAACUAAUCCUUUAUCACCACAGAUAUGAUGCUAUAAUGUUCCAAGUAAAAAUUUCAAUGACCAAACAGGCAAGUGAGUCCAGAUCUAUACAGAAAACAAGAAGUAAAAAUUAUUUUUAUCAACAUAAUUCUUUCAUAAAUACUGUCCUGUAGCAGAAGGAGUAGCAUUACAGAAGAUGUGAAUUGUAUUAAUUAACUGAACUUUAGAUAGCAGUCAUUAAUAACUCAGUAUUUCUAUUUAGGUGCGUUAAGAUCUGAAACAUCAAAAAACCCAGAAGUAAUAAAAGUAUUUUGUAAAAUAAAGUAUGUUUAACAGAUAUGUAGAAAGUAGAAAUUAUACAGAAAAAAGAUUAUUGUAAAUUCAGCUGGAUCUGUUAACCUAUGGGAAAACAAGUUGAAGGAAGAGCAUUCAUUAAUAUUUGAAACAACAGAGCAUGAAGCAAAGGUGUCCUGGUAAACAGUCCUGCAGCAGAAGGAAGAUGAACUGGUGGGCUUCAUAUUAGGCAAGACAGAUGUAAAUUACUUGCCUUUUGAAACAGUUUAUUUUAAUGUGUUUCUGUCACAGUACACUUUUGCAGUUACAUUUCUGAAAGGGCAGCUGUUGCUGUUGAGUGGGCAUCCAGCAGCACUGACUCUACCAUUUCACUGUGCUCCACCUGCCUCUCACCUUCUCAGCUCCACUCACACCUGCACGAAUUCCUACUCCCAACACAUGGCUUUACCCUUCUGGUUACCGAUUUCCUCUGUCACAGCUGGGCCACCUCUUUUAAAGACCUGAAUUUGGUGAAGCCAGUAUCUAAAAACCACAGUUUUCCCUGACCAGCACCACCCCCCCCCCCAUCACUCUAUCCCUGAGAAACAUCCACCUGCUCAUGUGCUGAGUGGCAACUUACAUUGGUGGGAAUCUGCUCCACCUUAUGUCUUUUCCACUGAAGCAGGUCUUUUAAGGGAAGUAAUCUAUUUGUUGUGUCACCAAUCCCUUUUGCAAGUUGAAUUUUUUGCUGUUUUUGCAACUUGAACCUUACAAACCAGUAUAGGGAGGCAUGAGCUGGCUGUUGUAAUACCCAUCCAAUAAUGACUGUGCAAGUUAGGCAGCUGGAGACAAAGCUAAGAGUGCUCUUCAGACCCCAGCAUAUCUUUGGGGUAACUCCAUGUCUAGGAGAUCUGCUCAGUAAGAGAUGUAUUGCCUUCUGCUGCUUCUUCUGGGAGCUCACAAACACUCCUCAAGGCUGCCCUGUGUCCCAGUCUGAGGUGCUGGACUCCUUUAUGGACUGCAUAGGUCAUGCAAGUGCUUCAUGUCAGCUUUCUAGGCUCUCGGGACCAAGGUACUGUAUGGCAACACAUAGUGCUUAGAGAAGUAAAUCCUUUGUUGAACCUAGAUUGACACUUGUCAGACACUAAUAUUCUUUAGUGCUAGCUUAUCUUGGCAAGUCAGAGAGAAAAGGUGAGAUGACAUCCCCCCCUCAGAAAACAGCAGUUUUUACCCAUGCCCAUUCCCCUCCCAUGUCAAUGUCUGCAUUUAUAUGAAGCAUAUUUUCCCUUCAAACUUUUAAUGGGGAUUUAUGAAGAGCACCUUUGCUGGUUGUGAGUUGUUUUUCUUUUAAAGUCAAGUAUGUAAAAUUUAACAAAUACAGGUCUUGUUCAUAAGCAGUGAAGUGUAUAGACCUCUGCAAAUCAGCAAUGAAGGGAGCAGUCCAAGUUUACACUCCAGAGAUUACAGUGGCAAAGGGACGGUUCAGGAAAUUUCUGCUUCCUUCCUAAAGUAGGUAGAAGGUUACAAAUUAAUCUCAAAAGAGUUUAUAAGUCUUCAAAGAGUUAAUGAGUAGGUUAAAACUGCCUGCUUCUCUUAAUCGUCUAUUGGGCAGUUGGUCCCGUAGCAUAUAAAGUACCCAACAUGAAUAUGAGAAGUACAGCAGAGAGAGCCAGCAAACAAACAGCAGACAGGAACAAAGGGCUGUGUCUUCUGUGAAAGAUGCCAAAAGGUCUUUUUACUUUCAUUCGUCUUUUUAUGCUCUUACUCAGUUUCUCCACUAUUUGCCUGGGAGUACUUUGCAUGUCCAAGCUUUCCUCCAUGUGCAGAUGUGGGAGCAACAAGCUAGUGUUUUAUUGCCUGCUAGCUUUGGGGCUCUGUCUCCUUGUUACUGGCAUUUUCUGGAGCACUUUUCAUGAAGUCCUGACAUACAGGGCCCUUGGCAUCUUCAUUCGAUAUCCCAGCUACAGAGAACCACAUGUCUGCACCAUAGACAGGCCUGACUUCUAUCCUCCCUCUUAUGAAGACAGCAUAGAUCCUGAAAAGCUGGUCUCCCCACUGUCAGUUGCCUCCACAAUAAAACAGCAAGAAUUCAUCAAUAUUCCUCCGCCUCCAUACAGUGAAAGCAGUCCAGAGUUUGUCAGUGAAACAAAUGAGCAGGAACAGCCACCACUAUACACAUUAUCUCUGGAGCAACUGCAAACAGCUGGCCAAGACCCAAGCCACAGAAGGGGGUUAAAUUCUCAUAUAUUCAUGCAAGAAAUCAGUUGCCAACAGGAUACAGAUUUCCAGAGGACCUCAGGAAGAGCAACACCUGCCAAAACAUGAGAGACAGGCAGCCAGUAAAAUCCUGCAUCUGCGAAGCAGGGAAAACUGGGAGAAGACUUGUGUCAGUGAUCCCUAAUAGUAACACUAAUUAAGGUGAAAUUGCACAGGGAAAAUACUGAUCAUUUGUGACUUAGAAUGGAGUUGGAGGGAUAUGUAAAAGUGCUCAGUAUUUCAAAUUAGAAUUAAUCUCCAGAGAGAUAGAAAUGCUCAGGCUGUGUCUACUAGAAGUCACCAUCUCUGGCAAUAGGAGUUUCUUAUACUGCAAGAUAAAUGAAGCACCAUGGUGCUAUCAGUCUUGAUUUGUGCUUCAUAAUGAGUUUCAGAAGAAAGCUAUCAUUUUUGGUUUUGAGACAUUAACUGACUUGGGAAACCUAUUAACUUUGCUUUUGCUUGAAAUUUGCAGAUUAUUUGUUGCAACUGAUUGUUUUUGUAUUGUAUGCCCUUAUGUGGGUGGCAAAAAGAACUGCUAUUUUACUAGUGAAUUCAUGAAUAAACUUUGUAUUUAAAACAAAUGCCUUGUAAUUGCUUAUAUGAUACAAGAUGCCCAUGAUUCAGGAUAAGGGCACAAUAAAUUACACCACCUAACUGCCAAACAGAAAGCUCUGGUUAUGCUUACAUCUCCUCAGAGGGAACUAUCAAUUGCAGGAGGAAAAAUCAUCUCUGAUUCUACUGAGCCAAUUCUAAGAGCAGUUGCUUCUGUCACAGCUUAUUCAAGACUGUGGGAACUGAAAAAUGGACUCUGUAUCCUGUUUCUGACACAAGUGGCUUCAUAAUUACACAACAAACACCAGAAAAAGGACAGGCUUGGACUCAUCCUUCUUCUGUUAUAUGUAUCCUUCCUCCCACAAAAUCACUGAGGCAAAUUUUCAUCCAGGACACUGUCAUCUGUAUUUCCAGAUGGCAAAAAAAAUUUCAUGAGGGUUCACAGAUUUGAACUUGUAAUAUUUACUUUGGAUGGAACUUUUAUUUCUGGGUUGGAAGGUUUAGGUUGGAGAAGAUCUAUUAGUCCAAGCCCCUGCAAUGAGCAGAUACGUCUUCAAUUAGAUCAGGAUGGUCAGAGCACUGUCCAACCUAACCUUGAAUUUUUC